UAUAUGAUGAUCCUAAAAAAUCUGAGUUGGCUGCUCUAAAGCAGGAAGGGCGUUCUUGAUUUUCGUGGAACAUUGCACUUGGCUUUCUUAACACUCGGAGGGAUACGCAGUCAUCUUACCAACACCUCGGUUGGUGAUCCUUUAGCUGGACUUGUUCAACUUCAACAUACUUUAAAGGAAUCCUGCGGAAGGAACUGAGUUUGCUAAAACAUUAUGUUGGGUUGAGGUUUUUUUAUUUUAUAAUAAAGACUAAAGCUGAGCUAUUGCCACAGCAGCUACUUUAUAUAAACUCAUUUUCCUUUACUCAGGUUGAGUGAACCGCUGAUACCUGUUUUAAAUAAAGGACAGGACAGAAAUGAUGACAAUGCGACGUACAAAGACUCUGAUAGUUAUGGUGCUGACUAGCAGCUUUUGUCUUGUAAUAUUAUAUUCAAUGCUAAACCUGCAAGUUACUCAUCGAAGGGAAGUAGCAGAAAUACCCGCAGUUACCACCAGAAACCUAGUUCCAGCGACCACCACCAUUGGUAUCAAAGAAAACAAGAGCACUGAACAGCCAACAGAGACAAAAAGUGUUCCACCCUCUAGUACUUCAGCAGUUCAGCAAGUCACUGUUUCUGAGAGCUUCAUAAAAGAUAUUCCAAAAAGCAGCGCCUUCUGGAACAGGAAAAUGUACUCAUUGCUUGGACAACGGCCCAUUAUGGUAAAUCUUACAGGAAACAAACUAGUGAAUGGCUCUCAAUGCCAUCCUGAGAGCACUGAGUCACUUCAAAUGAACAUACAGGAUUUAAGAUCUUACCCUGAGCUCUACCAGGACUUCCUUCAAGGUAUGGAUUGUCACAGUCCACAUAUUCUAAUUGACCAGCCGAACAAGUGUGCCUCGGUUGAUAGCAAAGGUCAAGUUUUUCUUCUUUUUGCUGUUAAAUCUACCCCAAGACACUUUGAGAGGCGGCAGGUUGUCAGAGACACCUGGGGAAGAGAGGGACUACACCAGGGGGAGUUGCUUGUGAGAACAGUCUUUCUGUUAGGCAGCACAUCUGUGGAUGAUCCUAAUCUGGAUAAGCUAAUUACUUUUGAGGCUCAGGAAUAUGGAGAUCUACUCGUUUGGGACUUUCAAGACUCGUUUUACAAUCUUACCCUUAAAGAGCAUGUUUUUUUUAAAUGGGCUCUCUAUCGAUGUCCCCAGGUGUCCUUCAUUUUCAAAGGUGAUGAUGAUGUUUUUGCUAACACACCAGCUAUCCUCAGUCAUCUACAGUCUUUAGAGCCUGACAGAGCUUCCAAAUUGUACACUGGUCAAAUAAUCUCUGAUGCAAGCCCAUUAAGAGACAUCAAAAACAAAUAUUAUGUCCCCCAGUCAUUCUAUGAAGGUCCUUACCCAUCCUAUGCUGCUGGUGGUGGGUUUCUCUUCUCUGGAUCUCUUCUUAAACCUCUCUACAUCAUCUCGCACUAUAUUCCUUUUUUCCCCAUUGAUGAUGUGUAUACGGGGAUGUGUUUUAAGGCCCUGGGCAUCUCUGCAGAAAAGCAUGAGGGCUUUCAGACUUUUGACAUUCGUGAACAGGAUAGGGAGAAUGCAUGUGCGCACAAGCACUUGCUCCUGGUACAUCAGCGGAAUCCACGGCAGACUAACAGACUUUGGAGGAACAUGCACAGCCCCUUGCUAACAUGCUAACUAAGAGGGCUAGCUGGUCUAGAAACCCAGACAGUCUCAGUCUGCAUUUAUGUUGUAGUCACACUGAGACUAGGAGGUGACUGACUUUUUGAUAUAUAAAUUAUACAGUUUUAGCUUAAGCUUAAAAUUUUUUUUUUAACUUUUGCUUUAGCUGAAAAAUCUCCUGAUUGCCAUCUCUGGUUAAGGGGCCUGUAAUACUUAUUUAUGUUGCAAGAAAUGCUGGCCCGGGCGUAAAUGUCUUAUGUGCAACUAAAGUUGCUCGAAAGCUAUGUGACACUAAAUUGCACUUGAGUUGAUUAAUGUAAAGUGUCCUGCAACUCAUUUGAAGCUCAGCUACAAUAGCUGCAUUUGUCUCAAAUUCGUGAAGCAAGUUUAAUGGGUCAAAACUCUGACAAUGCAUCACAUGAUCAUGUUGACCGAAAUCACUUCAAAUGGCUGGUCUUGCCGCAUUAGUGGACAAGAAAAUAAAACAGUAGAUGGUUUAUUGGGCAACUGAGAAGAAUUAACUUUAUGUAAGUUGGGAAGUUUUUCAUUUUGUCUUGAUCCAUGACAACAAACAAAUGGGUUUCUUGAAAUUAUCCAGCUACAGUAAUAUGUGUUCAAACAGCUGCUUGUACCACUGUUCAUUCUUUUUUUUAUCAGCCUGCUAUGAUCAUGAUCUACUUAGUUAUAUUCAUUUUGUACUCUCUUGAUGCCCUCUAAUUUUACACAGAGCUCAGAUUCCUUUGGCAUCCAAAGGAUGAACAUUAUUACAGAAAAGAAAACAGAUGAACUGCUUGUUCUAAUGACACAGAAUAAGUGAGACAUCAAGUAGGCUAUAUAACAAUGAUGGCUAGUUAAACAAUUAUUUCCAAAGGGCUGACAUAAACACAACAGACUCACAUAUAUAGUAGAGAACCCUAGAUAGAUAGAUAUAUAAAAGAUAGAUACAUAGAUAUAGAAAACUGAAUAGCAUAAAGCUGGAAAAAAAAUAGCAUGGUAAAAAUUAUGUGAAUAGUGGAUGACAUUAUAUAGUGCAUCAAAAAAAUCUGUGCUGCUAAUUUAAAUAACUAGUGGAGUAAUCAAAUGUGUUGCAUGUUUUUUUUACAAUUUUAAUUGUAUAAUUACAAUUACUAUUAAGUUGCAUAGAAAUUAUGUUGCAAGCAAAUCAGAAUCUUAGUUUAACAGCAGAGGCCUUAUGAUUUAAGCAAACUAAACAGAGCAUGAUUUAUUUUAGAUUUUACUUGUCAAACUCAAUUCAUUUUGUAAUGAUUUAUGUCAUUUUUUUAAUCAUAGUAUUAUUUUAACCCCUUGCCAGGGACUACUGGUGGCCCCAAAGUUUUAUUACACACUUCUGUAACUUAAGAAUAGCUCAACCAGUUUGCAUUGAAGUCCCUGUAGUUACUGAAUAAUAUGCCUUAGUAUGUAAUAAGCCUGGGACUUUAAGGGAUUAACUAGACUUUCCAUUUCAUGAAAUCAAAAUAUUAAUUUUGGUGACCUUAAUCUUAUGUCCCCUUUGAAGUCUGACCAUAUGGUUGGAGGACAAAAAUCUUGCAUCUUUCACUAGAAGAUACCGACCUGUGCUAAAAAGGACAGAUUUGCUAAUGUGUUGCACUGUUCUGAACCCUAUUAUACUGCAAUUUUAUCACAAAUUACUAAAUAGAUGCAAUGGCCUUUUAGCAUCCAUAAGAAGUGAUCGCUGCUUGUUUGCGCUUUUGCUUCAUUGUAUAUGCAUUUACAGUAGUUUCCCUCUCAAAACACAAAAUGCUAGGAGGAGAUUAUUAUAAUCAAGCACGUACUCUGAUUUACCAAGGCUAAUAGUAAACACUGACUGUGCACUAUUUACUGCCUGUGAAAAGCAUACAAUAGGAAAGCUUACAGUAUCACACAGUUUCCAAAUGCACUUGGUGUGGAAGUUUAGCCUAUCCCUCCAGCCAAAAUGAAAUGUUUCAAAACAGAAAUUAAAAAAUAAUUGCUUAUCUUCUUAAUUUUUUUUUAAGUAUUGUGUCAAAACAAUGUCUAAUUUUUUCUCAAAAUAAUCACAUUGAAAUAGUCAUGUACUUCCUCAACAAGUAAUGACUAAUUUUUUUUUGAGAUUGACUUACCUAAGUGAGAAUCUUGAGAAACUAAAACAGGAUUUUGACCUAAUAAGUCACAAUUUGAACCUGAAACAGAGAAGGAUUAAAAAGUUUUUUUCUUCUACUUGGUAGAAAUGGGCUUUUAUACAAAAAGCACACAAGCAAAACAUUUUGUCAUUUUUCACUGAUCAUAUUCUCAUUAUGAAGUAGCGCCUGUUUAUAUUUGCAUAUAAGUUCUUAUUAGAUAUCCGACUGCAUUGGCCACCUUUAUGAGCGCAAAGUGUCUGUAGACUGACGGUCUGUCAUAGUAAAGUCACUCUUUGAGGAAAUUUCUUCUUGCUCUGUGGAAAUCCAAGUGUUUGACCAGCCAUCCUGUUAAAAUACUACAAAUACAAAAAUAAAGUACCACAAUUUGUGUGAAAGCACUGUCUCUUUUAAUAGCGGUGAGUUCUACAAAAUGUUAUUUGUUAUGUAGUAUUUUGUAGGGCAGUAUUGCAUCCCCCUGCUUCAUCAGUUUGACAGAUUUCCAAUGUUGUAUUGUUUUCAUGUUUUCAUCGUUAAUGUUGUCUCACUACAAUAUCCAGCAUGCAUUACGGAAAUACAUAACACAAACUGCGCCACUAAACAUAUCUUGACUGCUAGCCACUGAUCUAGAGGCUAAUAAAUACACUGGGGUGUGGGAGUUUUACAUUUAUGUUGUUUGUCCCUGAAACAAUGAACAGUUCAAUCCUAUCAGUUGCAACUAUCUAAUAUAUAAAUAUGUAAUAAUUUAACAAUUAAAGAGCAUCUAUCGAUUAAUGAAAUCUCACACCAUUCAUCUGAAAGUCACACAAAUGUAAAAUGAACUUCAGCUCUUUCUCAGCCUGGGCAGCUAAUGGUGAAUGACGUGUUUCAGUAGAAUUUUGAGGUGUUAAAAGCACACUGGAAGAAUCAAGUCCUUUGUUAUGUUGACAUGUUUGUGUUAUUAUAUUUUAUUUGCUUUUACUUUUAUAAUUCAGGAAAGGAAUAAAGAUUAUAUUUUUGACACUCUUCAUAAUGGUCUGAAAGUUCUCUCUGACUGUGUAAACCCGUGGAACUCUCAACUUCAUAUUCAGUUAUUAAUCUUAAGAAUUCAACUGGUAAGAAUUAUACUAUGAAAUAUGAAUUAUUAUGUAACUACUAAGAAACUAUUCGGUAAGUUAUGUACUUAAAAGAAAGGAAUUGAAGUGUGGGCCUACAUACACGUCCUUGGUGAUUUAAGGGGUGAAUAAUAAUAGGUAAGGCGGUUACAGUAAGCUGUAGCCAUGAAUACAAAUGACAUAAUCAUUACUCACUGGGCUGUGAUAAGCCAAGAAGAAAAAAAUGGAUACAUGAACACCUUAAACACAGAAUUUGUGCAGAGCGUGUAGAUUAUUCAAAGAAAUAAUGGCUGCAAUGGAAAAUAUGGAAUGCAAAUCACAAAAGAAACUCAUACAAAAAGGUUGGUUGCCUGUUCCUCCCAAUGUCAUGAUUCAAUUCUUAUUGCUGUGAAAGUAUUGUGAGAUAUUUCACACGAAUACAAAUGAACAUAAAUAACAAAAAAGUAAUAUCUUGAGUUGGUUAGAAGAACAAGGUUUCAGAUUUCUUCUCAAUGUCUCGAGCACUUACACUGGGUGCCUACUACAACCUUCAAAAUGACUUAGUACAGAUGAAUAAUUGAGGAUCAAUGGUUACAGUGAUACAAACUUUUGAAUACAAAUUCAACAAAAGUUGGGACAGUACUGCUGUGAGACACACAUAAUUCUGUGAUGGAUAUCACCACAUUGGCUUGGAAAUACUUUGACAAACCAUUGUCAAUCAACACUGUUCAUCACUGCAUCCACAAAUGCAAGUUAAGACUGUAGUAUGCACAAUGAAAGCCAUAUAUUAACAACAUCCAGAAACACUUCCGACUUCUCUCGGCUCAAGCUCAUCUGAAAUAGACUGGUGAGGUGGAAAUGUGUUGUGUUGUAAUAUAUUCCACCCAGCCUGCCGGCCAGCCUCUUCCUACUGCUCCCAAUUCCACACCUUUGGCAGAGCUAACCCAGCGCUUUGCCUCACCUGGGUACUAACAACUAGAUCUUGUUUACCUGCCUAUCAACAGCCCUCUAAAAUCUCCUCUCAGUUUUUUCACACAGCAUUGUACUUCAUUUGCUCUGCUGAAUUCUGCCUCUUUAUAACGUGGUUCUGUAUUUAUUUCUUGUAUUUACUUGCUUUUGUUUGCUCCUUAGCCUAGCCUGU